AUUAUUUUAAAAUAAAGAAAAAAAGUCCUUAUUUUGCUAUUUCAAUUUGAAAUCUCCGAUUCCGAUUUCGUAUGUAUAUAAUCUAUGCAAAAAAGCCUAUUAUGUUACAAUCAUGCACUAAUAGAACUAACUGGCCAGUUAGGCACUUAGGCUGAACAACGUCCGGGAAUUAUCCUUAAUUGGAUAGAUCAGGUUAAAUUAAUCAAAUCAAAAACGCGUCUCUUUCAUUCACACACAAACCCUCUCUCACAGUCUCACUCUCUUUAACAUUUUUCUUUUUUUUUUUCAAAGAAAAAAUAAGAAAGAAAAAAAAUGUCAACUUAUAGUCACGCAAAAUAUUUAGUUAUAACAAAUAUAGAUAUAUUACCAAUUAUACUUUCAUAUGUUGAUAAAAAAUCACUUUUAUCAAGUUCAUUAGUAUCACAUUAUUUUAAUACAGUAUCUACCAAAAUUCUUUAUUCUAAAGUUAAUUUAAAAAAUGUUAAAAAUGUUGAUUCAUUCCUUCAUACUUUAGAUCGUACAACACAUUAUAAUUUAUAUAAUACUAUUCAUACAAAUGAAUAUCUUGUUAAUAAUAUUCAUAGUAUAACAAUGGAUAGUCCAAAUUUAGCGUACCUUUCAGGUGAGAAAUUAAGUAAAUGUAUUAGUGAAUGUAGAAAAUUAAAAGAAGUUAUAAUUGGAAAUUGUACUUUAAGUCAAAGUAUUAUUAUAUCUAUUACAUUAUUGGAAAAUUUAAAUAUAUUAAAAUUUAAAAGAUGUACUAUUAUUAAUAAUAAUUUACUUAAUUAUUUGAUAUCAGGUUUAUGUAAUGAUGAAAAUUUUAAUAUGGCAAAUAUUAUAAAAACAAUCACAUCAACUACAACAACAACUAUUAAUACUAUACCAACUCAAAAAAAUAAAUUAAAAAAUAUAAUAGCAAAAAAAGUUUUACAUACACGUAGUAGUAGUAGUGGUAGUAUUAAUAGUAAUACUAUUAGUAGUGAAAUUACAACGAUUCAAAAUAAUGAUGAUUCUAUUUAUUUAUCAAAAUUAACAAAAUUAACACAUUUAACUAUUGAUAUACAACCUUCAUGUCCACAACAAUUAAUAAUUUUAUUAAUACAACAAAAUAAAAAUUUAAAAUCUUUAGAUUUACUUUUUCAAGGUUUAGAUGAAUCAUUACUUAUAAUCACUCAAAUUUCUAAUAAUUUAGAAUAUUUAAAUAUUACUGAGAAUAAAAAUUUAUCCGAAAAAACUGUUUUUCAAUUAAUCAAAAAUUGUUUUUUCAAAUCUGAUAGUAUUGAUAAUGAUGAUGAUAAUAAUAAUAAUUAUUGUAGAUUAAAAAAAUUAACAAUAGAUUAUGGUCCUUUCUCAGAAAAAUUUUUAUUUUCAUUAUCAAACCUUUGUAAAACACAACGAAAAAUUUCAAUUACUCAACAACCUGAAGAACCUGAAACCGAUUAUCCUGGAGUUGAUUUAGUAUUUACUAAUGAUUCGUUAGAAAUAUUAUUGGAUAAUUGUAAAAACAUUGGUCAAAUAUUAAAUACUUUCUAUUUAAAUAUGGAUGUUGAUAAUAGUGACAUUAUUAAUCCUAAUAGAAUUGAAGAAUUAAUAUUGAAUAGAAUAAAUAUUUCUUCAGAUAAUUUAAACCUUAUUUGUGAAAAUUUUGAUUUUAAAAUAUUUAAAUUACAAAAUUUACUAAAAAGAGGGAAUAGGUUAACAAAAAGAAUUAUAUUAGAUAAUAUCAUAUUAUUAUCUAAUUUAGAAUAUUUAUUUGUUACUGAUGAUGAUGAUGAUGAUGAUAAGAAUAAUUUAGAACAAUUGAAUUAUAAUGAUUUUAAUGAACUGGCUCAAAAUUGUCCUAAUAUGGUUCAAAUUUAUUGGAAUCAUAAACAAUUUAUUGAUAAAUUUAAAAUUCCAUCAAAAUUCAUACAGGUGGUUGAUAAUAAUAUAUGGAAAAAUUUUUGAGAGUAGGAUAUACCUAUUUUUCUUCCUUUGUUUUUACUACCUUGAAUGAAACUAGAUUUUGAUCAGCUUGUAAAUAUUCAUCUUGUAUUAAACU